AUGGACGCCGCCUCUUGGAACCCCCAGGACCCGGCCAUGGCACCAAGCCACGAUGAGGAGUUUCAGCAAUUCUUGGACUUGGGUGGGAUGGGGAACCUCAGCGAUGCGAUGCCUUUCGACUUCAACGACUAUCAGACUGGCAACGGGACCGGCAUCAUGCAUCAGCCUGGUCGCGAGCAGCUCGACACUCAGAUGGGAGGAACCGACACAUCCAUGCUCAUGGGAGCUACCACCUCUGCCAUGCAAGCGCAGCUUAUCAACAUGACAACGGCCGCCGCGCACCCUGCUAUACAGACUCAAAUGAUUCCCCCGUCGACGUCAACCGAUGCCAUUACUGAAAUCGACGCCCAGAUUCAGUACCUACAGCAGCAAAGGAUGCAACAGCAACAUCGCCAGAUACAAGAACAGCAGGUCGCAUACUACGCUAGCCAGACACACGCUGUUCCCCCUACACCCCAGAGUCUCGAAAUGCCGCCCGCCAGCAACCAGUUCUACUCAAACGACCAAAGCCAGACGCCCAUGUUUGGCAGCAGGUAUCAAAGGAUGAAGGAGCAGCAAGAUAUGGAAGCCGGCGGAUUCACAAUUCCAGGCGCAUACUUCAGCCCUCUUACCUCACCGGCAUUGCACGCGCAAAGCGAUCAGGGACUGCUUUACGACCGCCGAUCGUCCCUCUCAAACCACAAUUCACCAGCCGAGAUGGACAUUGAAACCACAACCACGCAACAGCCGGUGGUAGAUUUAUCAAAGAAGGCUCGCAAAACCAACGCCUCGAGAGCCAAGGCCAAAUCUAGUGUGCGACAGUCGCCGAUCUCAAAACCCCAGCGCAAAAAGGCAACGCCCACGCCGAAGAUGGUAUCACAGGCUCUCUCGGAGAUGCGCGAGGUGAACGAGGAUGGGUUGGAUCAGAUGCUUCCUUCGACGGCUCUGCCAGCCCCGAUGAGCAGCGAGGAGUCUGAAAAUGCGUCAGUGUCGCCUGAGAACCUGUCAGAUAUGCCCCCGCCGCCUCUUCCGCAACAGAAGCAAUCGAGCAAAUCACCCUUUAUCCAACCUCAACCUCAGCCCCAGCCUCAUCCUGCGAUUCCAGUUCACGUUCAAGGGAAGCCGUCUCCUGCCACCCCGGCUUCUCUCAUGAAGCUCCCUGCUUCCAGCGCAAACAACUCCGCCUCAUCAAAUCCUCUCGAUCUAGGCCCAUCAGACCACAUCGAAUCGUUCGAGUUGCCCGAGUCCGUAAACUUUUCUUCUUCAAAAACGAAACCCCCUAGACUGGACACAUCAACGCCGACUCAAUCGCCUUUGGACCCUGGCACGGCUACGGGUUCUUCCUUCCAGCCGCUCCCUUCCCCUGUAUUUGCCAAACCCACCGCUGCGGCGUCAGCGAGCGCGAGCCCGAACCUUGCUCCUGGGUCUUCAGGUCCAUCGGCGCGGAAAACGCCCAAACUGUUGGCCAGGGGAAGCCAAAGCAAGAGGGGAAGCGUGAGCUCGGUACACGUAUCGCCUGCGUUGCGGCCAAGAAUAUCUCCUAGCAUCAAGCCGCUUCUACCAGGAACCCCCGGUGGCAUGUCCGCCGAAGACACGGCAUCUCGUCUAUUAAUGUCAAAGUCCAACUACCAGAACAUCCUUGAGGGCAAUACCGUGCCCGGUGUGACGUAUCCCAGCGAACUGUCAACCAACCUCACAUCAAAACGCACUUCCCACAAGAUUGCGGAACAGGGCCGCCGCAACCGAAUCAACUCGGCGUUACAGGAGAUUGCGACGCUGCUACCGCAGCCGCCAAAGGAGACCAAGAGCGAAAGCGAAGAGAGGAAAGAAAGGGAAAAAGAGGCCAAGGCUGGAGGGGCGCCGAACAGCAAGGCCAGCACCGUUGAGCUGGCUAUUGAGUAUAUUAAGCAGCUCAAGCAGGAGGUUGCCGAUGCCAACAAGCGAGCCGAAGAGGCGGAGAAGAAGCUGGAGCUCAAGGAAAAGUCUCUGGAGCAGAAGGAGACGGUGAAGAGCUAG